CAUGUGGGGACCUGGGGUCACGGCCGAGGGCCUGUCGGUGGCUCCAGCGCCGCCGCCUCUGCUGCCGCUGCUGCUACUGCUGGCGCUGGCGCUGGUGGCGCCCUCGCGGGGCGGCGGGGGCUGCGCGGAGCUGGCGUGCGGCGAGCGGGAGCGCUGCUGCGACGCGACCAACGCCACGGCGGUACGCUGCUGCAAGCUACCGCUGCACGCCUUCCUGGACAACGUGGGCUGGUUCGUUCGCAAGCUCUCCGGGCUGCUCAUCCUGCUGGUGCUCUUCGCCAUCGGCUAUUUCCUGCAGCGCAUCAUCUGCCCCAGUCCACGCAGGUACCCGCGAGGCCAGGCGCGCCCAGGACAGCGGCCCGGGCCUCCUGGGGGCGCCGGACCGCUGGGGGGCGCGGGGCCGCCCGACGACGACGACGACUCGCCCGCUCUGCUACGCGACGAGGCGGCAGCCGGCUCGCAAGACUCACUGCUGGACAGUGGCGGCGGCGGCCGAGGCCGGGGAGGCGGCGGGCGCUUGGACCCCUCCUGCGCCUCAGAGCACGAGCUGCGUGUAGUGUCGCCGGUCUUCCUGCAGCUGCCCAGCUACGAGGAGGUCAAGUAUCUGCCCACCUACGAGGAGUCCAUGCGGCUGCAGCAGCUCAGCCCCGGGGAGGUCGUGCUGCCAGUGUCAGUGCUCGGCCGCCCGCGAGGCGGGGUCGCCGCGGAGCCCGACGGCGGCGAGGGCCGCUUCCCCCUUAUCUGAGCGCUCGGGGAUCGGCGGCUGGUGCAGGGCUGGGGGCUACGGGUGGCACGCAACGGCCGGGGUGCCGCUGCCAACUGCCUCAGACCUUAUCUGGCACCCUGGCCUAACUGCCUGGCACCCCGCAACCGGGUUGGGGUCACUCGUCUCCCUCGCGUUCUCCCAGGAUCUUAUGUUUCUCUGCGUUUCAUUCCGUUCAAAGAAACGUGGGGCACGUGUGGCGGGUGCGGCUGCAGCAGGCGACCCUCGAGCGCACCUUCGAAGGAUGUACCCGCCCUCUGCCUUGCCUCGUAUUGUGGUUCACUCGUAAGUGCCUGCUUCCCCAGUCAAAGAGAACUUGUGAGCUCUUUGGUGCGUCGAGAGAAGGGCGGUCUUCUUUAGGGCUGAGGAGAAAGGAGUGCAGUUCCUCUCCUUUCCCUACCUGCCACCUGGACAGGUCACGGUCUCCCAGGGUGGGUAGAGGGCGAGGAGCCGUUGAGGACCAGCUGCGACCGGGGACUGCUGCACGUGGGUGUGGGAGAGCGCCACUUGGGUAUGGUGGAAUCGCUUCUGUGCGGCAGACCCCCAAAAAAUCCCUCAGUGUCUUCCUGAUCGAGCAAAUAGUCACAGCUGGUGUUUCACAAUUAGGUGGAGUGCGGGGAGUGGGCUAUGGGGAACACCUGUGAUACAAGGUUAGUUGCUGUACCUACUCAGGGCACAGCAACCAUGUGUAUCCACUCGACUGGACUUUUGAUUGUUCAAUAACUGAGAAGGUAUUUAUAUUUAUUUGUCUUUUAUUCUAAUAUUUUUAUCAUGCAUUGAAUGCAACAGUAGGGUAUUUCAGCAAAUUCAUGACAAGGUAAUCGUCUUAUCACUUUUUGUAGGCCAUUAAUGGUCAGGAAAUUGCCCAUACUCUGUCAUUAUUGUUUAAUAAUUCAUGAAAUUAUUUCAUUAAAAAAGAAAAACAGAGGUAUGGUCAAACGAGGAAGCAUAUGUGACCUAAAAACAUUGACGGAUAUCUUAUUUUCACUAUUUGAGAAGAAUAUAUUUUAUUUUUAGUACUGUGGCAUAAUAUAUAACUUUUUAUAAUAAUUGUAUGCAUUAUGUAGUAUAGCUCUUAAUUGUAUCAUUCAUCACAUAACUAUAUGUAAAAAUAAUUGACAUGUAUAUGCCAUACCAUGAAGCAUAUGAUGUUGUGCACUUUCUCCUCCAUUUUUCAUUUGGAAUACAUUCCACAACAUGAUCCAAAACAUAAGAACUUGUGACUUGUAACUUUUGUUUAAAGCCAUUAAUUGUGCAGUAAUGUGCUACAGAAGGAUUCAGUCAGCUUCUUUUAAGAAACAAGUGUCAUUGUAUCAGUUUCCUGUUCUGUGACACGCCCUUUAAAAGUAAAAGAUAAUAUAAUAUAUUUUAAUACAUUGUGUGUAAUGUACAUAUGCAUAUUGUCUAUGUACUAUAUACACAUUGUUUAUAAUAGUGUUAAUACAGUUUGUCAUUCUCCUGAAAGGAGAAGGAAAUACAAAAGGUUUCUCUGCU